GUGCGGGCAUUGCAAGAGGCUGGCCCCGGACUAUGACAAAUUCGGGGCUGCCUUUAAAGAGACCGCAUCGGUGGUUGUCGGUAAGGUGGACUGUGACAAACACAAGAAGCUCUGUAGCGAGUACAAAGUGAAGGGCUACCCAACGCUCAAGUGGUUUCCGAAAGGGACCUCCAAACCUGAAGACUACCCAGGGGAGCGCAGUGUGGAGGAUCUGGUGGACUUUACUAACAAAAAGCUGGGCACGAGCGUGCAGCCACCAGCGCCACCGCCAUCGCACGUGGUAACCUUAUCGCCCAACAACUUUGAUUCCGUGGUGCUGGAUCCCACCAAGUUCGUGCUCGUGGAGUUCUACGCGCCCUGGUGCUCCUUUUGCCAAGACCUCGCUCCAGCAUACGAGCAGCUAGGGCGGGCAUUCAGAGAUGAAGAGAAAGUGGUGAUCGCCAAGCUGGAUGCGAGCAAGCACAGAGAGCUCAAGGAGAAGUACAGCAUAACGGGUUACCCAACCAUCAUAUGGUUCCCCCCCUCCAACAAGCACGGAGAGAGCUACGAGGGCUCGUGGGAGUUGAGGGACCUGCUGGCGUUUGUGAACAAGGAGGCGGGCACUCACAGAACAAACACUGGGAUGCUCUCUGAUAUGGCCGGGCGCAUAGCAGCAUUGGACGAGCUGGCCCGCGGGUUCAUUGGAGCAAGCAAGGAGGGGAGAGAGGAGCGGUUGGGCAAGGCGGAGAGGGUGACAGUGAGCGAGGAGGAGAGCAAGCAGGCGAACAUGUACAUUACGGCAAUGAGAAAAAUCAUGGAGAAGGGGGAGCAGCAUGUGGAGGACGAGCUGAACCGCGUGGGCAGAAUGCUGCUCGGGAAUCAAUUCCAAGGGAUUAGAGAGCAGCAUCUGGAGGACGAGCUGAACCGUGUGGGGAGAAUGCUCCUCGGGGUGAGUUGA